AUGGUAGAUUCUCUUGUAGUCGUUCCUUUGCUAUUUCCCAUUCUUUCUUUUCUUUAUGUUAAUUCUGGAUCAUUUCUUUUGAAUUCUGUUUUUAGUCUCUAUCUUUCCAUUGCGUCCUUUUUAAAGCCAAUACUUCUUAUUUUUUCCGCUUUCUUUCCUUCAUCUUAUGUUCGGUACAUUUCUUUCAUCUUCUUUAUUUUUUUUUACUUUUUACAUUCUUUCUUAGAUGCUACCACGAUUUUAAGGCAUUUAUUUUUAUUUCUAUUUUUCUUCCUCGUGUUAUAUAUUAGUUUUUUUAAUCAUUUCUACUUCUUUCUUUUCUUGAUUCGUUUUAAUUGCUUCUUUCUUUCUGUUUUCUUUCUUUAUUUUUCUUUCUUUCUUUCUUCAUUUAUUUAUUUAUUUAUCCUUUCUUUAUUCUUUCUUCAUUUAUUUAUUUAUUCUUUCUUUCUUUAUUUUUCUAUACUUAAUCUUUCUUCCUUUCUUCCUUUAUUCAUUCAUUCAUUCAUUCAUUCUUUCUUUCUUUCUUUCUUUCUUUCUUUCAUUCCUUCUUUUUCUUUUUUUCUUUAUUUUUCUUUUUAUUCUUAUUCAUUUUAUCAUUCCUUCGUUUCUUUACAAAUUUUCUUUAUUCUUGAUUUCUUUAUUCCUUCUAUCACAUAUAUUAUUUCGAUUACGUACCAUUUCUUCCAAUUUCUUAUAUUUACCAUCAUAAGAAAGAAAGAGGGGGAAAUUAUCUUUCUUUCUUGUUUUUCUUUUUUUUAUGGAUCCCAUGUUGUGUCAAUUUUACGUCAUUGCAUUUUAAUUUCUGUUUUCUUUCUUUCCUUCAUUCAUUUUUUCUUUCUUUCUAUUACGUUCUGUUCUUUUAAGUUAAUUCUUUCAUUUUCUUUUGCUUUCAUUCUUAAUUGUUUUGCUUUAUUUCCUCAUUUCAUUUUUCUUCUUUGUUUUUAUGACAUUUACGUAAUUUCUUUCUGUCUUUCUUUCUUUCUUACUCUCUUUCUUAAUUUCUAUUUUCUUUCUUUCCUCUUUCUCAUGCUCAAUUCUUUCUUUCUUUCUUCUAUGUUCGUUACAUUUAAGUCAUUUCUUUCUUUCUUUUAA